AUGAAAGGCCAUACUCGGGUCGUCCUCCAAUCAUCCCUGCUCAAGUCGGCCGCCAAUCUUACGGCUCAACUUUCCCGCCAGUACACCGACCCCGCCGCGGAUGCCGUGAUAAACUGGCAAUCAGUGGCAGAAUUCGCCAUGUUCGGGCUCAUCCAAGCCCACCUCAACUGCCACUGGCAGCAAUUCCUCGAAGACAGCUUCCCAACGCACCGCCGCACCAAAUCUUUGACCGCCACCGGAGAGAAAGCCGAGAAACCCAUCUGGCGCAACGUUUUUGCCAAACUGCUCCUCGACCAAACGCUCGGCCUGUUGGUGAUGAACACCAUCUUCUUGAUCUGCACGAAUCCAGUAGUGCACUUUUCGACUCGUCCAGCGCUUAUACUCGCAGAGGUGAAUGCCCGGAUCUGGACGCUUAUCCGUAACGCGUGGAAGAUCUGGCCCGCCUGCGCCCUGGGCAAUUUCCUUUGGGUCCCCGUGGAAUCCCGCGUGCUGGUUGCGUCUUGUGUUGGGUUUGGCUGGAAUAUUUUCCUUGCACUGGUUACGAUGGCGAAAUAG